AUGGAGCUUAAACAUCAGGACAUUAUCAAGGCAAACUACUCUACAUUGGUAAAAAAGAUGAUGGCUAUUCCUGUUGCAGAACAUCUUUUCGCCUCAAACAUAAUUACCGAUGAAAUGAGACAGCAAAUAGAAGUUGAGAGAACCAGUCAUGACAGAAACAGAAAACUGAUUAGCAUCAUCUUACGUCGGGGAUCGAGGGCUUUUAUGGGACUCAGAAUCGCAUUAAUGAAAGCCAAUCAAGCCGACUUAUCACGUCUGUUAAUGAAUAAUGACGAUGACACAAAGUCUGAAUACGAAAAGAAGUUGGCCAUGGCAAGAUCAUUGGUUGUCAAUACCAAAGAAAGAGGAGAUUCCAGAAACGAUUCAAAGAAAACUACACAGUCUAAGGAGCUAAGGUGUAGAAUAAGUCUGGAUGACUUUAAUAACCUGUUUCUCACCGCCAUGCCUUUCAAGGGAACGAUUUAUAUUCACAUUCGUCAUCUCAAAGAAUCCCAUGGUCGUCUCCUUGCCACCAAAAAGGGUGUUACCUUUUCUUUAGCCCGUUGGUUGAAAUUUGAAUCUCUUUUACCAGAUAUCCAAGACUACAUAGAAAACACUGGGAAAGGGGAUGAAGAAGUACAGUGGCAUGUUGGCGGAGGAGUGUUCGUUUCAUUAUCACCAGACUAUCCUACAGUGGAUGUAAGACACUUUUGGAAGCCAGACAACGUUCCAGAACCAAUACCAACCAAGAAAGGAGUCACUUUGAACAAACACAAAUUGUCCAGACUUAGAGAUGCCCUCGAAGAGAUGCAUGAAUCUGUUCCAGAGCUUAAAGACACAGAACUUUCCAUACUGAGCGAGUCACAUCAGAAUCAGCUUGGAAUGCUAAGCUGUCCUGAAUGUACCCCCUUUGGUUAUGAUUCACAAGACAAUAUGUCCAUGGAAUGUAAUGCAGGUGAUUUACAGAUCGUGGAAUCAAUUGAGAGUGAUCUUGAAUGA